AUGUACAAAGGUUGGCCGUUUAGCGGCUGGGGCUUGAGUAUCAAUGUUCCUGCGACGAUCCAGAAGAGACUUCUCAAAUUUCUACUCAAAAGAGCAUUAGGUCAAUUUCUGGCUGAAGAACUUGACCUUGAUAAUCUUGAAGUUCAACUAGGAAAUGGACUGAUUCAUUUAAAAGAGCUACAACUCAACGUAGAGGUUUUAAAUGAUCUCGUCGCUGAUUUACCAGUGGUAAUCGUCGACGGCCGAAUUGGUGGAAUCGUUGCAAAAAUUCCGUGGAAAAAUAUUUGGAAUUGUGAUUGCAUUUUGGAAUUCCAUAAUUUGCAAAUUACUGCAGUUCCCGAGCAUGUCAAACCCAGAAACGUUUCUCCUGAAGACUCUCACAUACUUUCUUCUUCCAUUCAUUUUGCGGGAGAUUUCCUUCGUCAUGAAAUACCUCCUGAUGAAGACGAAGAACUUCGUAAUUCUAUUUCUCAAUCAGUCCACGGGAGUACUGUAUUUCAACAGGAUGGUAAUGAUCUAGGUGGGGGCUUGGAACAGUCAGAAACUUUAGGUCAACAAACUCCUGUACAGGGUGACACUGGUAUUGAAGGCAUCCAGAUUUUAGCAAGAUUGAUUGAUAAACUCAUGUCGAAUGUAAAAAUAGUUUUUAAGGAUACUUGUAUCCGAUUAUCUCCUAAUAAGAACUUAAAUAACGUUGGGUGUUCGAAAGAAUAUUAUCUUGAUUUAGAGAUACCAAUUAUUUCAUUUCGAGAUGAAACGCCUGGGUUGGAAGAUGAAUCAACCCAAUCAAACACUCCUGGUUCCGCAAGUGUAACACUACCGCCUGCACUUUCUGAAACUGUAAAGUCAGUUACUAUUUCUGGGCUAAGUGUUUGGAUCAGAGAAGCGUUGUCUGAAUUAGAUCAAACCAAUAGUCAAACAAAUUUAGAAGAAUCCUUUGAAUCAUCAAAUAGAACAAAAGACUAUACAAAUUUUCCAAACGAUGAACUAUUACCCCAAAAAGCUUAUGAGGCAAUGAUUCUUUCAUGUCCCGAAGAGGAGAAUUGGAUUAAAGUUACAAUACGUCCGGAUGCCAUUCCAGCAAUUCAGAUUGAUCUUAGUAAUCCUUCAUCUUCAUACCAUUAUACACAAGAAGCUAUACAACAGGCGAAUAGUACACAAUCUUUCAUAAUCGAGGGGUCAAUUAAAUCGGUAAUUUCUGUAUUGACACCAAGUCAUAUCGCAUGGAUUACUGAUUUGGCAAACGUGUUGUCAAGAAGUAAAUCCGUUUCAGAAACAAGCAGCACUGAAAGUGAUGAUGAUUUUAUUCAUGAUAAUGCACGAAGUCUUAAUCAAAAUUACUAUCAUGAUUUGGAAGGAAAAGGCUUUCAUCGAAUGUCACAACCAAUUCAAGAGGAAGAUUAUCGCUCUAUCGACGAUCUUGUUUAUCAACAUAGUGCGCGCUAUUCUGAUUUUUCCACUUCAUCACGCGACAAUCAUUCCAGACAUAGUCGUUCGCCAUCGAAUAUUUCAUAUUCCCAUAAAACACCAUCACGUUCAUUUCAUCCAUCAGUUGUUUCAAACUCAUUCCCUGCCAUGACGAGUCCACAAUUUAAUCCUACAAUAUCUUCUGGUGUAUCCAACAUAAAAUUCCAACUUGAAGUACCUUUAAUUGAGUUGUUUUUAUUAUAUCACGAUUCAUUACCUGAUUUUGAUAUUGGACGAAAAUUUUUUGAAAUUCGAUCUACUGAAUAUUUAAAUGCGGAUCAUUUGAAAAUUAACAUUCGUGGCUUGAAUUGUCGGAUUGAACGUUGGGAUCCAGAUUCAUUAUCAGCGGGUAGGAGGCGGAAUAGUAGUACGUCAAUUGGUGGCCACUCAUCUGGAUUUCAAAAGAGUUCAGAAACUGAUGACGUCUCAAGUUUUGUAAUGGACAUUGCUAUUUCACAAUUUUCAAUAUCUGAAUGGUUAAAAAAUCCCUUAACCUCAAAUUCAAAACCUAAAUUGGGUACAUUGAAACCUGAGUCUACACUUCCUACAUUUGACAAAUAUACACCAUUGUUAUAUUUUGAUCCACAUCUUUUGAACUCUUAUAAUGCCGAAGAAACAGACUUUCCUAGUUUUCCUGUAAACAAAAACACAGAUAAAAAUAUUUUGAAAAAAGCUAACAGAAUAAGCUCUAAAUUUAGUUUCAAUGGUAGCGAUACUUCAAAAGAGGUCAUUAAAAUAAAAUUUAAGAGUGGUGGUGCUUCGAUUGAAGGAUCAUUGUCAAACUCUGGCUUACAUAAUGCCAAUAUCACUGUAGAAUUUGAACCGUUUCAUGUGCACCUUGAUCUAAGAAUAAUUGAUCGAUUAGAAAAUUAUAUAAGUAUUUUUUCUAAAGGUGUAAGUGAUACUGGUUCACUUUCUGAAGUGGAAACUACAACAAUGCAUACUUUCACCGAGCAAUCAUCCAGUCAAUAUAUCAUUGAUGACCUUGACACGCAAAGAAUGCAUGAGAAUACUUCUGUGCAAAAGUCAAAUCUUGUAAUUAAUUGCCAGCUCAUUCGUCUUUGGCUUCAUUGUCCAGAUAUAAGUAGCAGGAACACACCAAGCAUAGUGGAUAAUUAUAUCAUUCAUUCAAAUUUACUUAUCACGGAUAUAAUUAAUAUAAACAUUUCAACUGUCAAUGCACUUCAAAAUGAUCCACUUUUUUCAUCAAGUUUUGGCAUGCAACAUAACGAACCAGUUAAAAACAUGGUUGAUUCGCAACAAAAUAGGAUUAAGAUUGAGUGUAAUGGCAUUAAUAUUUUUAUUAAAGAACACAAAGUGCCAGAUGCGAAAUGUUUCCUUGCAGUAAAGGCUGUAAAAGUGCCACAAAUACAUCAUCGAUCUAUAACACAGGUUGCUCCUGUGUUUCCUAAUUGCGAAAUCACAUACCGUCCUGCUAGUGCAGUAGCAAACAAAAUGUCAUAUAUAGGGAAUGGUAUUCGAUCUUCACCUUUUUCACAGACAUUUACAACAUUUGAAGAAGAACGGACCAAUUGGCCCGUUGAAAAUGAAGAGGAGGAGAUUUUAAUGUUUCAACAGAGAACGAUUGAAAGCUCACUUUUUGUCAUAAAUUGUAAUUUUCCUCUUAUACGCGUUCGUUUAACUAAGUCAAUGUAUGAUAAACUUCAAAUACUGCUAAAUGAUUUAUCAAUUUGGCAACCUAAAAGUAAUGCUUCUGGCAACAACGAAAUUUCAUCCACUCCACCGACAACACGUAUAAAUAUGGUUGGUGCAUACGAGGUGAAAUCCCAUCAAGAUAGAGCAUAUGGCAUGGACUCUCAUGGAUCUGACGAUUCCGAAAUGAAAAGGAGACUUGAGGCCUCUAUUUUAGGGUAUCGCAUGGAUGACACGUUACCUUUAAGGCCCAGUCUCGCAUCAUUGGUCAUUUUUAUAACUAAUGUUGAGGUUAUCAUAUUACAUGAGGCCGAGAAAAAAGUCGAUCAAACACAAUCAUUACAUUCGUAUCAACUUAAUAUGUCAGAUUUUAGGUUCUUCACGGUAGUCAAAUAUGAAGGCAAAAAUGACACGUAUGUAAUCUUGGAUAACGAUCAAUUUACUUUUUGGGAUACAUCCAACCGUGAAAAGACACAAAUUUUAUGCCGAACAUUGAACAAGGAUAUUAAGGCAAAGAAUACCCAUCCCAUGAUUUCUUUAAUCGCACUUAUUUCACUUGAUAUUGAUGUAAAUACAAAAGAAACAAAUCUAACAUUGUCAAUAAACGGUGUGUCCUUAAUGCAUAAUAAAUGUUCACAAUGGAUAGAAGAUAUGCUUGCAUUUUUGCAAGAGCCCGAAAUGUACACCAAGUUGUUCGUCACUGUUAACGAUUCUUCGAUUGACUAUAAUCCUUACGAUAAUGCCGGAAGAAUUAUUGCUGUAUUUGAUAAUCUGAAGGCAUCAAGUAUCAUAACAGAUUCGCCAAUGUUUAAAGCUAAAUUAAUUGUUCAAAACUUAGAUUUGAUGCUGGUUGACGAUGUCAAAACUCUUAAUGAGCGAUCCAUUAAUCGAUUAGGUUCACUACCUUUAACUGCGAAAAAGUAUUGGGAGUCUAUAGGCUUUGUAAAAGCUGCGUCAUUGGAUUUUGCGGAAAUUAUAUUGCAAACCAAUAAAGGAGAAAUAUAUCCACAUUUAUAUCUUGAACUUACGAACGAAAACCUCACGAUCGAGACAUGUGUAGAUACUCUUCAGACACUUACUAAUGCCUACAAUGAAAAUUCUUAUGAGUCUGUUUAUCAAAACGUGUUAGCGAGCCUUGAUGAAGAAGCUUUCAAGCGACCGCAACAAAGGUCUUUAAGAUCAGAAAUAUCUAGUAAUAACCCUACUUCUAACUUGGAGUUUCAGGAAGAUUUCUUUGCAAACGAGAAAGAUGAUGAGAUGUUCGAGUCAGAUCACUUUUUUGAGAAUGCAGUCGUAUUCGACGAUUUCAAUGAUGACUUUAUGGUGGACCAACCAUUACCAAUUUCAAAUUCUCAGCAAACUAUCACUAAAUAUUCAGAUGUGGUUCCUCAAGAUGAAGAUGAGGAAGACUAUCCAAUAGAGCCUCUCAACUUUGUAGAAGAUCACUUUUCUGUUCCGAGUGCUAGUGAGCUUGAGGAAGUUAGGCAAGAUUUACCGAAUAGUUUGACAAGAAUCCGUCUUCGUGAUUUUAACAUAUUAUGGAAGCUGUACGAUGGCUAUGACUGGAAACACACUAGGAAUCAAGCGUCUGAGGUAUUAACAAGCGUCAAAAAUUCAACUGCUACUAAUAUAGCAGGACCUUCUACGGGCGAAAUACAAGGCCUAAUGAACACUGAAUUAUCCAGUCCAUUUGAUCGUAUGCCGUUUGUUGAUUCGAAUCCUAGCCGUUCACGAACAAGCAAACUUGACAUUAAGUUUGAUAAGAUCAAUUUAGAGUUUGACUUAUUUCCAAAAGAUAAUUUGCUAGCGUCUCGACUGCUGUUGCUGAUUAGAGAUUUAGAAGUUCUCGACAAUAUCAAAACAUCUGCAUGGCAUAAAUUCUUGUCUCACUUACGUCCAGAUAAUGAUACAAAUCCUCGUGAAAAUAAAUCUAAUAUGGUUAAGAUAGAGUUAACGAGCGUCCGUCCUGUCCCAACAGAUCCUGCUGAAGAGUUUCGUUUAAAGGCCAAACUUUUACCAUUAAGAUUUUACAUUGAUCAGGACGCAUUAAAUUUCGUAAUUAAGUUUUUCUCCUACCAAAGUCCUGAUAGCGGUGCUUCUCAACAACAUACUGAAGACGAGACAUAUUUCCAACUCUUCGAAAUUCAACCAAUUGUAAUGAAGUUGGAUUACAAACCAAAACAUCUUGAUUAUUCUAGUUUAAAAGAAGGCAAUUUGGUUGAAUUAAUGAAUAUUUUCCAUCUUGAAGCUGCAGAAAUGACAUUGAGAGGCCUUAAAUUAACAGGAGUUAAAGGCAUAUCACGUCUAUUAGAAGACUUGGGUGCAGCAUGGCUGCCGCACAUAACUAGUACGCAAGUACCUAAUGUUGUAUCAGGUGUUGCUCCAAUAAGGUCUUUGGUAAAUAUAGGUUCAGGAGUUGCAGAUCUUAUUCUGCUACCUAUUGAACAAUACAAAAAAGAUGGAAGGAUUAUUAAAGGUCUUCAGAGAGGAACGCAGUCUUUUGCAAAGGCAACCACCAUGGAGGCAAUUAAAUAUGGUACCAAACUUGCCGUUGGAACACAGAUAUUACUUGAGCAUGCGGAAGAAAUACUUUCUUUUGAGACCCAAACAGAAACUAGUUCAAAUAUGGAUAAUAAUGAAGAGUUUGAUAGUGAAGAAGAUAAAAAAUCCAACAAAUCUAGCAGCAAAUAUGCUAAUCAGCCCGCAGACAUAAGUGAAGGAAUGGUAGCUGCUUAUCAAAGUUUGAAACAGAAUAUCGGAACUGCGGCGCACACAAUUUUUGCCGUGCCAAUGGAAGUAUAUGAGAAGACUGGAACUCAAGGAACAGUAAAGGCUGUGAUUCGUGCUGUACCGGUUGCUGUGUUAAAACCAAUGAUUGGGGUCGCUGAGGCAGCAUCUAAAGGCUUACUUGGUGUAAGAAAUACAAUAGAUCCAAGCAAUAAAAUGCAGAGUGAGGAUAAAUAUAAAAGCAGUUAA